AAAAAAAAGGAAAAAUAUAUUUUUUAAAAAUAAUACUAAUAAGAGCUCAAUAAAGUUGAAAAAAAUGUCCAGUUCCCAGCAGCCAAUCGAUUUUAAGGAUAUAUCCUCCACCACCAGAUCGGUAACAGACGAAGAUGUCGCAUCCAUGACUACUCCAUCAAUAACGGCCCCGCCGUUGACUACACCGUCCAUGAUACCACCACCAUCAACCACUGAUCCUACCACUACGUCAUCUGUGGUAACGGAGACUGAAUCAAAUGCUUCUCUGUUCGAUAAAUCUCAAUCGUUGGUCGAUAUUGCUAAUAAUACUUUCAAAGAAUUGUGCAAAACAUUGGAAAAUGAGCAAGCGAAACUGUUAGAAUUGGAAGAAAGACGUAAGAAAUUACACGAUGAAAUGCAACGCUUAAAGGCCGAGAUCGAAGAGGAAAAGCAUUUCUACAAACUGAAUAUAAUGGAGUCUGUAUCGGAAAAUUUGAAUUGUCUAAAUAAAGGCUUCGAUUCCCAAAACGGUCGAUCAGUAGCUAAUUCUGGACCCGAAAUUCUUGAUAGUGAUGGCGCACAAAGAGCUAACGCGUUCGGUGAAUUUGUUAUACUAAAUAGCCCCAAGUCAUUGAAUUUUAAGGGCACAGAACCAAUUUCUUCUGAGGAUUUAGGUGAUGUUAUAUAUGCCUCUUUGGGCAAUGGAUUAUCUGGGGACGCUAAAUGGCCGUGCUUGAAUAUUUUGGAUCCUUUUAAUUUACCAACAAAUGUAAUAACUAUUAGGCUGGAUGGAGUAACCAGUAGCAAAUUGUCUGGCGAAAAAACUUACCAAUUAGAAGGUCACAGAGUUGAGGAUUCACUAAAUGCUGUCGCUGACCAGUUGGAGGCUGAUAAUGAAUCAGUUUGUGUUAUGAAUUUCGAAAACUUUGAAGAGGCGAUAGAAAAUUUCAAUGCUCUCCUCGGCAAUGUUGAAGUUAAGUCAGUUUCAUCUAUAUACUUAAAGCCGGAGCUUCAUAUCGGCGACAAGCAAUAUUUAUCAAGUAUUGCUUAUAUUAAUGCUAUGGCAGAUAAUAUGAAUACACUUUUGAACAAGUGCAAAUUGCUGUCUAUAAGCCUUUCUGUGGAUUCGAUUGCAAAAGGACAUGGUGAGAAAUCAGUAGCUACGAUUGAGGCUUUAGAUAUGUUUGCCACUGUGGCUAAAAACGUUAACAAUGCUGCUGAAAAAUGUAGUAAUAAAGGAACUCUAGUUUUGGGUAUUGUUAAGAAAACUGACAACACGAGAGCCAAACGUCAGGCUACGACAGAAGAAGACAAGAAUAAAUAUAAUUUAGCCGAGUAUUAUAGCGAAGAUUAUCCAGUUAUAUUUAAUAUAAUCCUAUGGCUUAUGGUUACAUUUGGCUUUUCUUUACUGGCUAUUUGUUAUGCAAUCGGCUCUAUGGAUCCGGGUCGCGAUUCAAUCAUCUAUCGCAUGACCUCCACCAGAAUGAAAAAAGAUAAUUAAAUAUUAAAAAAAUGUAAAGAAGUAACUGUAAUAUUAUUAUAGAUAAUCAAUAACAACAUUAACACUGUUAACAGUUAAAAUCGCGAUAGUUUCUAAAGUAUUAUUUGAAGUUUGUGUAAGUGCGUUACUAUAUUUUAUUAAAAAUUUUUAAUGUUAAUUCUUAGUUAAAUUGAUAAAAAUCUACUAUUCGUUUAUUCGUUUACUUCCACAACUUGCUAAUUAUUAAAAUUUAGUAGUUAAAUUUUGUUUAAAUAGCGACAAAGUUUCGUCUAUUAAAUUUUCUCCAAGGAAGUUUUUAACAAUAUAAUUAUGUUGUAGUCCAUAUCUGGACAUACAAAUUAAAACAAUGCCAAUAUAUUUCUUCAGAAAGAGGCAUGCAUGCCAUUUAAAUUUUCCCCUAAAUAGUGUUAUGAAACAAGUUCAUAUUCCAGCAACAAAUAAUAUCAUUUCAGUCUCUUAUGUACUUCUUAGUAGUCUUUUACAACAUUAAGCUGACAUAUUGACAGAAAAUGGCACGUCAAUAAAAACUUUUCCCUGGGCUGGAUGUGACUUUAAUUUAAUGUAAAUUAUGAAAAUUUGUUUAUAAAUGAAGUUUUUUCCCUUUUAUAUGUAUCAAAUUGGUUUUGUGUAUCUUUUAAUAAAUACUGUUGAUGUUUUUCUUAAUGUAAAAAA